AUGGCGGCUGAAUUCCACCAGAAGUCUGGCCAAAAGCUUUACGGCGAAGGAAAGUUUCGAGAUGCUCUCGAUGCAUUUAACAUGGCCUUGAAUUACGACGAUGUGAAUGCAAUCAGUGUCCUUGACAACCGUGUCGCCACUUAUUGUAAGCUGGGGCAGCUCAGCCUGGCCCGAGCUGAUGCUAAGAAAAUGGCAAAGGAUUUCCCAGAAGAUGCACGAGGAUACUUGCGACUUGGAAAGGUGCUGGUCCUCAGCGGAAGCACAGACAAAGCACUGAAGGUUUAUAACCUCGGACUUCAAAAACUCGCAAACAAGAACCCUUCCAGAAAGCUCCUUGAGCAGCUCAAAAAUAAACUUUCGGACGAACUUCCUCGUCUUGAUCCAUUCACAGCGAUGAACAUCGACGUGGCUCUUGAAAUCCUAAAACAUCUCUCGUUUUCCCAGAGAGUUGGAAUUAUCCGGGUCUCGAAAACUUGGGAGGGCAUCAUUGUCAGUCACCCAGAGCUUUGGCGUGAACUCGAUUUCACAUCAGCUGCCAAACCCCUGUCGCCCCAAAUAAUCGCCAAAUAUGUCAAACGAUCCAAUGGAAAUCUCAAGGGAGCAAUCAUCAAAAAUACCACUCCUAAGACGACUACCCGGGUUAUCGCAUUGUUGGAUCGAUGCCCGAAGCUUGAGACUUUGAAUAUCGGGCUCGAAGACGUGGAUGCUCCCUUUUUCAAAAUUGCCACUAUGAACAGGGGACUCAAAACUCUCAUUCUUUCCUCGAUGGUCUCCCCGAAGCAUGAAGAUUUGAUGGUGUUUCUGGACAAACUUCCUCUUCUGGAGACAAUUGCGCUUUUGGACAUCAAAGCCCUCCCCAGCUCUCGGAAAUAUAGUCAAUGGAUUCCACACUCGGAUCCAAAAGUCUUCCCAAAUCUUAAGCGGAUUGCUCUCAGAUCACCCUUCGCAUAUAAUCUCAUAGUUCCAUAUAUACUUACCGACAUCAAUACCAAUGCUUUCCCUAACCUAGAGGAACUCUCCCUUCACUUUUCAAGCAUACACUCGAACCUCGCACCAACUUUCCCUAAUGUCGCCAUUAGUGUGCCAGUGAUACCAAAUCUAGACCAAUUCCACCUUCCACCAAUUCGGCAUCUAGCUCUUGUGGGCCACAAGCUUCACCAAGUCUUCUUUCAUCUCUUGCCCAAAUCCUUGGAAGUACUCAAGAUUUCCGGGGGAGUGCAGCCUCACAUGCGACAGGACACCCCAGCAGUUGGGUUUUGCCCAAAAUUGCGCGAUCUGAAGUUAAUAAAUCUGCGAAGCAUUGACGGAUCGCCCAGAUCACCGUUCAGCUCGUUUCUAGAUCUGUCGUCGGGAUGUCUUCGCACUUUGCAUCUUGAAGGGUGCAUCCAACUCCCCUGUGAUCAAUUCUUGAAAAUUGUCAAAAGCAAGCCAGCCAUCGUCGAACGUUUAACCGAUUUGAGCAUCAUUAGCUCACCAACCUGUGACGACAAUUUUUGCUCGGCUCUCGUCAUCUUUAAAUCUUUGAAGUACCUCGACGUGUCGCGGUCAAGUAUUACAGGGUGCACACUUCGUUUGUUUGCCGAUGCAAGGGUGUCAGAUGAUGAGUCGGUCCCAAAACUUGACAAACUUGUCAUUGAGGCCUGUGAAAAUAUCUCAUCAGAUGCUAUUGACUAUGCCCGCUCAAAAGGAUUGACUGUUGUGGUGCAGAGCUGGACAUGGCAAACCAUGAGCACGAGACUGAUGAAUAUGCGAGAACUGAACGGUUAG